AACAUUGCCGGCUUCGGAUCGCAGAGGGAGGGACAGGGCUAAGGUGGCUCGCGCCCCUGCUCCGCCGACCUCCUCGCCGCCGGCCGCGACUUCCUGCCACUGCUGGCCCCGACUCCUCCGUCCGCACGAGGCACCGAGCGGAAGGGCGGGGUGGGACGCUCAGCAACCGACGACGAAGCCGGCGCGAGAGAUGGAUGCGGCGCUCCUCGCCGAGACCGGGGAGGCCGCCGCAGCGGCGCUCCCCGCGGCAGCCGCGGUGAUGGGCGUCUUCAAGUACAACUUCGCGGCGCAGUUCCUCUCGAGAAUCCUCCCGUUCUUGUACAACAUCUGGUUCGUGCGCCAGCUCAACUCCGACGACUGCGCGGCGUACGCAUUACAGCUUCCUCUUUUUAUCAACAGCAUCUUAUUUUUAAGCCGGGAGGGGUUUCGGCGUGCAUGCUUGCGUAGUGAUUCGCAGAGUGGUGAUGCAUUAACUGACGAAGAGACACUAAGGGUAGCUUGGAUGGUCAUUCCAUUUGGCAUCUUAGUUACUUCUAUUGGCAGCCUAUUUGUGUUGAGUGUAAAGAAACUGAAGUUAUCUGAUCCCUAUGCAAAAGCUACAUUAAUUAUCGGAUUUGCAUGUAUGCUCGAGUUACUGGCGGAACCAUUGUAUAUUCUUUUCCAGAAAAAGAAAUACUAUAAAAUAAGAGUUUAUACUGAACCAGCAGCUUCCAUCCUACGUUGUCUAACAACUUUCAUCUUCAUAAAAGGACAUAUUAAAGUGGAGAAGCUGGUUAUAUUUUCUUUGUCUCAGGUUGUCUAUGCAUCCUGCAUAUUCAUUGGAUAUUGGGCAUAUUUUCUUAUAUUUACUGAUACUAAAACUUUUGAUCUCCUUCCAGUAAGGUUUUCAACCCUGAUGGACUAUGAUAAACAGCUAUUGCACAUGUGCAUGUUGUUUACAGGCCAGACUUUCAGGAAGUUGAUCCUCCAAGAAGGCGAAAAAUUUGUCCUUGUAUGGUUUGAUACUCCAUACAACCAGGCUGCCUACGGUCUUGUGGAUAAAAUAGGCAUUCUGGUUGUUAGGAUAGUUUUCCUGCCAUUUGAGGAGAGUUCCUAUGCUACCUUUGCCCGAUUGGCAGGAGAAACCCCUCAAAAUAUAUCCAGUCUUGAAGGUUCUUUGCUUGGGGCUCUAAAGCUUAUUAUGCUAAUAGGUUUAGUGGUCAUUUCAUUUGGUCCAAGUUAUUCAUAUACCCUUCUAAAACUACUCUAUGGGGAAAUCCGCAGUGAUGGAGAAGCUUCAGUUAUCCUUCGUUACUAUUGUUUUUAUAUCAUCAGCUUAGCAAUGAACGGCACAUCUGAAGCUUUUCUUCAUGCUGUUGCAAAUGAAGACCAGCUUAAGAAGUCAAAUGAUAUAUUGCUUCUCUUCUCGGCGAUUUAUAUCGUUCUAAAUAUUGUUCUGAUUAAAUCUGCUGGAGCUGUUGGGUUAAUUGCUGCAAAUUCCAUCAAUAUGUUACUACGAAUUACGUAUUCUGCAGUUUUUAUCAAAGACUAUUUCAAGGGCUCAUUCUCCUUCCGGCGUUGCUUGCCAGCAGGCUGGGGCAUUUUGCUAAUUUCUGGAUUGACCACAGCUUUCUCUGAGAGGAUGUUUCUGGAGAGAGCAAGGUUCAAGCAGACCCUUCCCAUUCACAUGGCGAUUGGCAUCAUGUGCCUGAGCAUCUCGUCACUUGAGAUAUACCGUGGCGAAAAGCAGUUCUUGAGGCCGAUCAUCAAAACGUUGACGGACCAUGACAAGCGUCAAUGAUUUAUACUCCUGUUCCCUUAAGACACACACGACAUUACAC